GUUUUCCGCCGCUCGUACUGGCCGCCCCGAGGGGGAGGGGGGAUGAACAAUGGCCAGUCUCUACCAAAGCACCGAGUCCUCUUCUCCGAACAAAUACCUGACAUUGAAGGAUGUGCGGCAAGUCAAGGAGGAGACCACCAUCGAUGAGAAGCUCUUCCUUCUGGCGUGUGAGAAAGGAGAUAAUUACAUGGUCAAAAAGCUGCUCGAUGAGAAAUUCAGCGAGCUGAAUAUAAAUUGUGUCGAUGUUCUGGGGAGAAAUGCAGUUACCAUUGCCAUUGAAAAUGAGAAUCUGGAUAUCCUGCAGCUUCUCUUGGACCAUGGCUGCCAGACCACGGAUGCUCUGCUUGUGGCAAUUAACUCUGAGGUUGUUGGUGCAGUUGAUAUUCUUCUCAAUCAUCGUCCCCGACGUUCAUCAAAGCCAACUAUAGCAAAAUUAAUGCAGAGAAUUCAGAAUCCUGAAUACUCGACUACAAUGGAUGUGGCUCCUGUUAUCCUUGCUGCUCAUCGUAAUAACUAUGAGAUCCUGACCAUGUUACUCAAACAGGACCUAUCACUACCAAGACCACAUGCAGUAGGAUGUGAAUGCACACUGUGUAAUGCAAAGAACAAGAAGGAUAGUCUACGCCAUUCUAGGUUCCGUCUUGAUAUCUACCGCUGCCUGUCUAGUCCAUCGUUGAUCAUGCUUACAGAGGAGGAUCCUAUACUAAGAGCUUUUGAACUCAGCGCAGAUUUGAAGGAACUGAGUCUCGUGGAGGUGGAAUUUAGGAAUGAUUAUGAGGAACUAGCACAGCAGUGUAAGACCUUUGCAAAGGAUCUCCUAGCACAGGCACGGAAUUCCCGUGAAUUGGAGGUUAUCUUAAAUCAUACAUCCAGCGAUGAACCUAUUGACAAGAGAGGAUUGCUUGAGGAGAGGAUGAACCUAAGCCGACUUAAGCUAGCAAUUAAGUACAACCAAAAAGAGUUUGUGGCUCAGUCCAAUUGCCAGCAGUUUCUGAAUACCGUCUGGUUUGGGCAGAUGGCAGGCUACAGGCGGAAGCAUACCUGUAAGAAGAUUCUGACUGUUCUUUCAGUUGCCACCCUGUGGCCAGCGUUGUCCCUUUUUUACCUGCUAGCACCAAAGUCUCGAGUAGGGCGAAUUAUUCACACUCCUUUUAUGAAAUUCAUCAUUCACAGUGCAUCAUACUUUACAUUUCUACUGUUACUGAACUUAUACUCACUGGUGUACAACGAAGACAAAAAAAACACGAUGGGUCCAGCACUAGAGAUGAUCGACUUCCUCCUGAUUACAUGGAUAACUGGAAUGGUGUGGUCAGACGUGAAGAGACUGUGGUAUGAUGGACUUGAAGAUUUUAUGGAGGAAUCUCGAAAUCAACUCAGUUUUGUCAUGAACUCGUUGUAUUUAGCAACAUUUGCUCUCAAAAUUGUGGCACAUAAUAAGUUCCAUGCGAUUGGAGACAGGAAGGAUUGGGAUGCGUUCCAUCCUACUUUAGUGGCAGAAGGUCUUUUUGCUUUUGGCAACAUUCUCAGUUACCUACGGCUUUUCUUUAUGUACACGACUAGUUCCAUCCUUGGACCAUUGCAGAUUUCCAUGGGACAAAUGUUGCAAGAUUUUGGAAAGUUCUUGGGAAUGUUUCUGCUUGUUCUGAUCUCUUUCACCAUCGGCCUUACUCAGUUGUACGAUAAGGAGUUUUCAAUGGUGGAAGGCAAGGAUUGUUCUGGAAUCUUCUGUGAGCAACAGAGCAACGUAGCCUUCCAUUCUGCCCAGGGAAAGACUUCAAGUGCCAAUUCAGGUAGACCUGCCACAGCUAAUCUGCUAAUGUUUGUUGGGACCUGCUAUGCCCUAUUUUGGUAUAUUUUCUCCCUGGCACACGUGGCACUGUUUGUCACAAGAUUCAGUUACACUGAUGACCUGCAAUCUUUUGUUGGAGCACUCAUCAUCGGCACAUACAACGUGGUGGUUGUGAUUGUCCUGACUAAACUGCUGGUGGCAAUGCUACACAAAAGCUUCCAGAUGAUCGCUAAUCACGAAGACAAGGAAUGGAAGUUUGCUCGAGCAAAGCUGUGGCUGAGCUACUUUGAUGACAAAUGUACUUUACCGCCACCAUUCAAUAUCAUUCCUUCCCCGAAAACCAUUUGCUAUCUCUUCACAAGUCUUAACAAAUGGAUUUGCUCUCACACCAGCGCUGGAAAAGUGAAACGUCAGAACAGCCUUAAAGAAUGGAAGACUCUCAAGCAUAAACGAGAUCAAAAUUACCAAAAAGUAAUGUGUUGCUUGGUCCAUCGUUACCUUACUGCAAUGAGGCAAAAGAUGCAUAGCACAGACCAAGCUACUGAAGAGAAUCUGAAUGAACUGCGCCAGGACCUUUCCAAGUUUCGCAAUGAAAUGAGAGACCUUCUUGGCUUCAGGACAGCAAAAUAUGCCAUGUUCUAUUCACGGAACUAAAAAGUAUUUCAAGGCACUAGAUGCUGACGUGUUUCAUUCAUGUUGUAAGUAUGAAACUAAGUGGAAGGACGUCUUUGUCAUCAUUUGUCAUCAUCAGAUAGUUCUGGUUUGUUCAAUAUUUGAUUUAAUGCGAUCUAUUUUCGUAAA